AUGACACACGCUUCCACGGAACAUUUAACACCUAACGGUAGCACGAAUGGAAUAUCCACAUCACAACAGCAACAAUAUUCUGUUGAAUAUUUAUCUCAACUCUUGAAAGACAAAAAACAGUUGGCCGCUUUUCCAAAUGUAUUUCAUCAUUUGGAACGACUCGCCGACGAUGAAAUCAGUAAAGUUCGGGUAGCACUGUUCCAGUUUGAAUUCACAAAAGACAAUGUGACACUGCCGGAUGCAGAAGGAGAUAUUACGGUACACACAGAGAAGGUAUUUGUUCCGGCAAAGGAACACCCUGAUUAUAACUUUGUGGGUCGGAUACUCGGUCCACGUGGAAUGACAGCUAAACAACUGGAACAAGAGACCGGAUGUAAAAUCAUGGUUCGAGGUCGUGGAUCAAUGAGAGACAAGAAAAAGGAGGAGCUGAAUAGAGGAAAACCAAACUGGGAGCACCUUUCCGAAGAACUUCAUGUAUUGAUUCAAUGUGAAGAUACUGCAAACAGAGCGAAAGUGAAAUUGCUGAGAGCGAUGGAUGAGGUGAAGAAGUUGUUAGUGCCAGCACCAGAAGGAGAGGAUGAGUUGAAGAGAAAACAGUUGAUGGAAUUGGCGAUUAUAAAUGGAACAUAUCGAUCGGGAGCUGAUCAGAGUGCGUUGGCAGCUGCGCAGUUAGCAGCAGUUAAGCAACAGCCAUUGGUUGCUCUUCAAGCCGCAGCCCUCCAACGAGGUGUUCUUCCAAUGAUGGCUGCCAAUGGAAUCUCCCGAUCACCAACCAUGGCAGUUUGUGGAGCACCAAUCGUAAUGAGUCCUUCUGGAAGAGCCGCUUCUGCUGGAGCCACCGCCACGUCACAAGCUGCUUUGAUUAUGCAGCAACAGUCUCAACUACAGGCUGCAAACGCUGGAAAUGCGGCUGCUCUUCAACAACAAGCUGCUCUUCUGCAACAACAACAGGCAGAAUAUCAGCAGAUUCUUCUGGGCCAAGCCAGCCUCUACGAUUUCUCUGCCAUCCAACAGUACGCAGCAGGACAAAAUGCCGUUGCCGCUGCACAAGCUCAAGCUCAAGCCCAAUACGGAGCUCUUGCGGCAGCCGCUGCGAAUCAAGCUGGCGGACAACAGUAUGCAGAAUACGCUGGAGUAGAUUUAACGAGUCAACAAGGUGCACAUGGUGGGUAUUACGUGAGACGAUGGGCCUGA